UUCACAGAUUGUACUGCUCUGUCUUCGCCGCCGCACAAGAAACGAUGCAGGUUGUUCGAUCUCAUCAGAGUCACAGGAGCUUCUCCUCCUCCAGUGGCUCCGUUUCAGCUUCUCCGACCCUUCCCCUUUAUCGCUCCGCUCCAGAGCUCGAAGUCAGGCUAGAAGAUUUCGAAUCUUUUGCCAUCGAUCGUCUACGAGUUCUCAAGGGGAUAUCUGAUGGCUUGUCAAGGGGAAAGAAACCGGACGAAAUGGAAAAAUUGGUAAAUGAGCUGUGGAAAACAAAUAUGAGACAUCAAGAUUCGUCUCAGGUUCUGAACAAGGAUAUUAUAUCUCAUUUUGUUCUCCGUCUUGUGUAUUGCAGAACGGAGGAAUUGAGGAAAUGGUUUCUUUCUAUGGAAUCUGCACUCUUUCGCCACCGAUUUCGUAAUCAAACUGCUGAAGCUCAGCGGGCCAUCAUGGAAGAAUUUGACCUUCCUUGCAAGGCUGUAAGCAAUGCAGAAUUUGAGAGCUUGAAAGAGAAAUUGGGACAAGUUGCACGUUCUAUUGGUCAUAACCUGUCUUUAUCCACUACGGAUGCAAUCUACUAUAAGGUACCAUUUGAAGAAGUUCCAGAGCUUGUAACUGGACGGAAAGUAUUUAUAAAUCAGGGAUAUGCAUACGUUGCAAUGAAUCAGGUUGUUUCACUUGUAGCCACAAUUUUUCGUAGUCUUCUGUCAAAGGCACUCAUCCUAACAAACAGAAAAUGGGCAACUUCAAUUAGAGAACAAGAACAACAUAGGUUGACUCCUAUUGUGGAGGCCCUGUGUUCGAGCUAUUUGGGUCCUGAUUUUUCUCAGCCUAAAGAAUAUGGUGAGAUAUCAUUAAAGGACAUUGAUCAGGUUGCCAAGAGCUCAUUUCCUUUGUGCAUGCGUCACCUAUUUGAAAAGCUGAGAGAGGAUCAUCAUUUAAAGCAUGCAGGGAGGAUGCAACUAGGCUUAUUUCUGAAGGGUGUUGGCCUGAACGUAGAUGAUUCACUUGCAUUUUGGAGAGAGGAGUUCUCUAAAAAGGUUGGUCUGGAGAAGUUUGAGAAAGAAUAUGCAUACAACAUACGCCAUAAUUAUGGGAAAGAAGGGAAGAAAACUGAUUAUACUCCAUAUUCUUGUCAAAAGAUUAUUUUAUCAACUCCUGGUGUUGGAGAUCAUCAUGGUUGCCCUUAUCGACAUUUUGGCGAGGAGAAUCUAAGAGCUGCUCUCAGUAGAAUGGGGGUUAAUAGUCGGGCAAUGGAAGAUGUGAUGGGCAAAGUGAGAAAUAGAGAUUAUCAGUUGGCCUGCACCUUGACAUUUGAAGCUCUUCAUGCGGCGCCAUGUGAUGCAGGGAUUAACCAUCCAAAUCAAUACUUCAGUGACAGUCAAAGGCUAUUAAAGGCAAAGAAGGACUCUUCAACGUAAGAAUUUUGUUUAUCGCAAUGGACAGAGUACUGUGGCCCCUCCCAGGAACGUUGUUGAUGCUUCGACGUCAUCGAUGCACAGACUGGAUGCUGGAAAAUCUUUUGCGUAACAUCCGAGGCAACAGUUAGAUAUAUGUUAUGCUUGACGUCCAGGUCGGAUACUGGCCCGAGGGAAUGUUUAUUAAGCAGAGUCAAAAUAGUUUCCCGUUUGCACUAAUUUAGUUUUUUAUUUUUAAAAAGAUACAAUGAAUUAAAUUAGUUUUUUUUUUCUGUCAAUUAGAUGCUGACUAGAAUUUGUAUCUCAUGUCAUCAUUUAAUUAAUGAAAUUACUAAUUUAAUUCAGAAGUGUAUUUUUUAGAAAUUAAUUUGGAAAGUCAAAUCUUAUAAAACUAAAUUGAUGCACACGUGAUCAAUAUAUUGUUAAAUAAUACCAUUAUUAGAUAGUAGUGUGAUAGUGUGAUGCUGUGA